AAGGAGGAGGGGAUGCAAGCAAAGAGCUAUUGAAAAUGGAUGAAUUAACAAUUCGAUGGAGAUUUACUUGGAGAGCCUACACAAGUUGAAGCCCUUGCAGGAGUUCCUCCCAUCUGCAUUACCAGAAAUAUAAUCUUUUUGGUCUUGCAUUUCUGGCUAGAAUCAAGUCCGAGACAGAUCGUUGAAAGGCAAUUGACCUCAAGAAUGUUGUUGUGGAUAUCUAUCAAACCUUCACAAAUAUCAGAGGAAAAGAGGUUGUUACUGGAUGAUCCAUCUUUCUUAUGCGCAAAUUCAAGUGACUUAGCAUCUUUUUUGACCUUAUUUAUCAGAUUAAUCAUCAAUCCUUAGCUUUCAAGUAGUAUUAUCAUGUAAUGGCAUUGUCCAUGAUAUCCAUUGAAGCAGAAUAGACUUUGGCGGUAGUGCUUAGGGUGUGGUUGUUAAAGGUCCAUGACAAAAAGUUGUAAGAGUGUCUGCACAGAAGCUACCAAAGCAGGAGUUCCAGGAUGUAAAGACAGGUUGAAUCGAUGCAGCUAGCAAAACAGUGUCUCCUGCUGCGGCUUGGCACUCUCUUCUAACUCUUGGCAGCUUUGCAUAUGCCAGCCUUCUCUCCUUUUGACUCUCUCUUUAUUGGCUUCUUUAACCCUGCUUUCUUUUGCUUUACCUCUGUUUUAACCUAUUAAUUAUUCUGCUAG